AUGUGCUUUGUCCUUGUUUCUGAUGAAUUAAGGCUCCUUGAAACGAGACAAUCUCAACAAGCCACGUACUUAGAGGUGACUAGCCACCUCAGUUUAGCUAUAGAGAAGCGAUGUGGCAGAAGCAGCGCAAAGCCUCUUGAUCAAGAACAGGAAAAUGUAACACCUCAUAUCCACCCCAUAGCCAUGAGAUCACAUCCUACAACUCUUGCUGUUGAAGAGGAGUUGAACAGGUUCGCAUCAUGGGAAGCAUCAUCAACUUCAGAGGCAAUCUGCAAAGAUUUAUGCAGAUUGGCUGAGUUGUAUAAAUGCAUGGAUGAUGUUCUCAACUUGCCUCUGAACAUUCAAUCACUGUCUCAACAUCAAAAGCAAAAAUGGGGUGAGCAGUUGUUGGAUAAUUCAGUCAGAAUCUUGGAUAUCUGUGGCAUUACCAGGGAGAUUGUUUCACAAUUCAAGGAAAAUGUUAAAGAUCUCCAGUCUUCUUUAAGGAGAAGAAAAGGAGAUUCAAGCACGGAAACAAGCGUUACCAAAUACAGUUGCUUCAGAAAGAAGAUGAAGAAAGAUGCCAAAAGAUCAAUUGCAGCAUUGAAACAAAUAGAUCAUGAGAUCAGUGCUUCAGCAAUCAUGGAUCUUGAUGAUCAACAUAUUUCUUCAGUGAUUAGAGUACUAAGAGAAGUUAACACAACCAGCAUCGCCAUUUUCCAAAAUGUCUUGCUUUUCUUGACUUCUCAAUCACCCAAGGCAAAGCCAAGCAAAUGGUCACUGGUUUCAAGACUAGUAAACAAGAAAAAGGUGGGAUUUGAAGAUCAACAAGAAGUUGAGAAUGAGUUCGAAAGUGUAGAUUCAGCCCUACACAGCCUUUGCAGAAAUGAUCAAAGUGAAAAUGAAAAGAUCCAGUCGGUGCAAAACAGAUUGGAGACCUUGGAGGCUAGCAUUGAGGGUCUUGAGAAUGGAUUGGAGGGCUUGUUUAGGUUGUCCAUUGCCACCAACCCUGAAAACAUUGUGACAACAAGCCACUCGUGCACAGCUCGAAUCUGCUUCAAUGUUAGUAAUCUACAUCCUCGUUAUAUGUUUGGAUCAGCACAAGAAGCCAUUCGCGUGUGA